CAUGCGCUCAUCGAUCCAAAACCUAAGCCUCCUCGGCUUCUUCCGGCAGGAACAAAAACAGUUUCUCUGGAAGAAGACGACGCCAUGGUGAUCGAUGUGCUGAGCUGCCUGUGGACUUCUUGUGGUCUUGCUUUGAUCAUAGUCAUUCUGUCGGCUAUAAUCUAUUUGAAAGGCAGUCGGCAGUCAUCACUUCUGCCUACUGUGACGGGGAGUCAGUUACUGUACUACUGCAUCAUUUUACGCUCAGCGUACAAGAAAAGAAAGGACAAUAUACAUCCCUUAUGCAUAAUACUCCAAUCAGUGUGUGGCUUGUGUCUAAUGUUUGAACGCUAUAGAAUCUGUCGUAUAUGGCUCCUUAGCAGGCCUAUCGUAUUUUUCUAUAAGCCAGAAACAAUAGAAGUAGUACUCAGCAGUACAAUAAUAACAGAAAAAUCGACAGAAUAUCAGUUCCUACAUCCAUGGCUUGGCACAGGAUUACUUACAAGCAAAGGAGAAAAGUGGAAAAUUCGAAGAAAGUUCCUGACACCUGCAUUCCACUUUAAGGUGCUUGAAGACUUCGUUCCUGUAUUUGACGAACACUCUAAAGUACUGACAGAAAAACUAUCUCGGCUCAGUUGUGAUAACGCCUGGCUUGACAUUGUUCCUUUAAUCACAAUGUGCACUCUGGAUAUCAUAUGCCAAACAGCAAUGGGCGUGAACAUCAACUCUCAGAGUGGAGGAUGCGGAGAUUAUGUUCAAGCAAUUCACGAGAUUGGAGAACUAAUUUUGUAUCGGAUACUGAGGCCCUGGCUUUGGAGUGAUAGAACGUUCUACUGGUUUCCAGCAGGUCGCAAGUUUAGAUCAAAUCUUCAAAAAGUCCAUGGAUUUACUAGACAGGUUAUCAAAGAAAAGAAAGAAUUAUCUCUGAAGAUUCGAACAGAAAAAAGGAUGUGUGAGAAUAAUAGUCCGUCAGCCGUCAAAAGGCGCAAGGCUUUCCUAGAGCUGUUGUUGGAACAUCAUUUCGUAGACCAGUCCUUUACCGAAGAAGAUAUCAGGGAGGAAGUGGACACGUUUAUGUUUGAAGGUCAUGACACAACCGCUUCGACUAUUUGCUGGACUCUAUAUUGCUUAGGUUUGUACCCAAAUGCACAAGUUACAGUUCAUAAAGAAAUUGACGAUAUUUUCGGAAGUGAUACCAGCCGUCCAAUAACACGAGAAGAUUUGACGCAGAUGAAAUACUUGGAAUGCGUGAUAAAAGAAGCCCUUCGCUUGUAUCCAGCUAUUCCUUUCAUUUCAAGAGAACUUAGAAAAGAUAUCCAAGUUCUGGGCUACAAAGUUCCUGCUGGCAGUGCUUGCUUCAUAUUCCCUUGGAUGUUGCAUCGAGAUCCAGUAUCUUUCCCAGAUCCGGAGCGUUUUGAUCCGGAUCGAUUUUUUCCCCAAAAUGCAGUUCACAGACAUCCUUACGCCUAUGUUCCCUUUUCUGCUGGACCGCGGAACUGCAUUGGUCAAAGGUUUGCCAUUAUGGAGCAAAAAACAGUAUUGGCCAACAUCCUUCGAAAAUUCCGAGUUCUCUCACUUGACCCCAGAGACAAAGUGAACGUCAUACCAGACCUCAUCAUACGAAAUGUGGAGCCCCUCAGAAUACGUUUUCUGCUCAGAGAAACUGACUCGGAAGCGGAAAAAUAGGUCUUGGUUUCAGCAAAAUUAUGAUUUAUUUAUGCAUUAGUGAAGUGUUACGUAAGCUUAUUAUCCAAUGAACAAACGAGAAAUCUGAAUGGUGAUUGAAAUGUACUAGUACUUAAUAGUUUUGUAAUGUAAUGUGAAUAAAUGGUAAAUAAAUUUGAAUGGA